AUGGCCUGUGCAGAGAGCCACUGUCUGCCGAAACUGAGUCGCGAGGAGAAGCGAGCGCAAUUUAAAAAUGAGCGCAGCAAUCCACAGGAAACAUGGCAGGGUCUGUAUGAUGAAGCAAUCAGUAUUGGAAGCCAAUUUGUCAACUCCGAGUUGGAGGUCACUCAGAUCGAAGAACGCAUCCAUGACUUGUGGGAUGAACUCAUUCAUGCGGCAAUAGCCAUUCCGACAGGGAGCGCUGAACAUGAUCGUUUGGUCACCUUGGUGCUAAAUACGCGUGAAAUGGGCAUCCUACUUCGCAGAGGGGAAUCUACUGAUCCUCAUGGAUGCGGCGAAGAAGCGAUUCUCCCCAAUGAGCAGCGACUCUGGGUAGAUCUCCCCUAUUUUAUCGAGGAUGUCCAGGCUUUCUGGAUACAAGAAUCGGUGUUUCUUACCGCCCCUGAGCGAGAGAAUCUGGCCACAUGGACGGCAAAAAUAUGUGCAUCAGGGGUUUUUGCAAACGAACUGAGCAGCGUUGCGCUGUGGCUGUUCAAGGAGACUUUCGAGAUCUCGAGGCGAUCGGAUAAGUCGGAGCCUGGCGGCAAUGCCGAACUGAGCUCCGUGGUCGAGUUGUUGCCUGCCUGUACGGCUUGGAUGCAAUUUAAUAAUUUCAAAUUGGUGAAGCUCGCGGUGGCCAAUUAUGAAUCUCAGUCUAUGAACGAAACGAGCCUAGGGGCGUUAACAGUGCUGGGUGAACUAGUCAAAAACGUGCAAAUGCCGGCGAACGGGUUUAGCAUCCCAAGGUGGAUCUUUUGGAGGCAACGACUGAAAGACCUCCACAAGGGUGGAGACGCACAGAUGGCGAAGAUGACAAGAGCUUGUUUCGAGGCAAUGAUAUUGACAGGAGUACACAUCGGGGUUGCUGUUCCAGGAGAGAGGAGGUACCUGGGUCGUUUAUUUCGUGCACUCGAUGAGGAGCUGGCGUCAAGAGAGGUCAAAACUUCUAUUGGACCUGAGGAUAUUGCUAUUGACAUGGAGUGGGCCGAAUCGGACGAAGAGAAUGCUUAG